AUGAAAAACUUUUUUUUGACUGAACUUCAAAACACAAUGUGUCCAGUUUCGGUUGAAUCGAAUGAGGAAGUGCUUAAUCAGUUUUCUUCUUCAGUUCAACACGCAUCAAUGCGGCUCAAGUCCUCCGCAUUUGCCAUAACUGGAACCUUAAUUCCGGUUUAUAAAAGAACGAUGUUCAAUGGAUCAAAGUAUUUUGAAUCUUUCCGCCGUGCUCCAGCUACUCGCAGAAAGAUACUGAUUCUCAUUUCUGGACUAAUCGCUGCCGUUUUUAUUACCAGAAUGACUAUUCAUUUCAUCUCAUCAAACAGGAUCGAUUGCUAUCAAGCUACCGAGGGGAACAGUUCCUCGAAAAUUCUCAAAGGUCAGCUUUUCUGCUACGCAAAGUUCCUGGUUGGGAAUAAAACGGCCGUGUUUGGUGGACUGGAGACACUUGGAAUUUCCCGUUUGCCGGUUAUCAAAUUGACGCAAGGAUGUGAGCUAAUGAUGCGUUCCAAACAAAAUGAAUCUGCCGUCGAGUAUUGGUUGUGUCGGUGUGAGGAAUCUCUAUGUAAUGCUCCUAUUAGUUACGACAAGUUCAAAAGCAACAACAACUCAUUGAAGGCUUCCUCUCCUGUUAAUUUUUUGCUUAAUUUUUAUUUUUGA